AUGAACACCACCACCACCGCCGACCCUCGUAUGGCCGCUGCCACUAACCCUGGCAUCCACGCCUUUCUCCUCCCCGCCACAGAGCGGGUUUCCCCACCGCAUACCUCGGGCCUCGCUGGCCCAACUGCUUGUGCGUCGCUUGUCUCGCCGCCGGUGCUGCUGGACGUGUCGCAUGACAGCCUCGAUCGAGAGGGUCCUGGUCGAGGUCCUGACGGGAAUAUGCCUCUGUGUCCUGGACUGGUUGCCCGUGACAACCAGGGGAGCAAGCCUGCUGGCCUGUUGACCUCCCAGGACCCGUCGGGCUCUGCGCCGUCGCCGCCGUGCGCGACACAUUCUGGUCCAUUGCCACAGGACGGAAAGUCGGUCGUUCCUCCCCCCCACGAACCAAUCAGCGAGCAGAAUGCUCAAAUAUUGAACACAGCUUCCAACCUUGGUCACUCCCGCGUGACGAUCGACCUUGACAAUGCUGGGCAGUUCCCUCCUCUGUCAGGGCGCACGAAAUCAUCGAAAUUCAAGAACGUCCUCACUCGGCCGUCAAACGCCAUGGUGGAGAAACUCCUGGCUCUCGCCCAGGAUGAAACCUGUGACGAUGACUCACUUCUGCGUGCCAUUGCGGAGGCCACACCGUACAAGCAAAAGGUGGGGAAGGCCACCUUCUGGGUUGAAACUGCCCCGUGGGGGUGA